UUUGCCAGAGGAGGAGGAGGAGGCCAGGAGAAAGCUUUGUCUUCAGCCAGAGCUUGAAGAUGAGGCUUAAUCAUCUCACGACUUGGGGCUCCUGCUGACUCCAGUGUGGAUGCUGGAGUAGCGUUCGCGGGACAGCGUGAGCGGCGUUGUGCAUGUGCCACUUGGCCGAGCCCCUCUUGGGAGUGGGUGGAGGCACACCCAGCCUCCUUCAGUCCGGGACUCCUUGGUGAAGUGGAGCCAAGGCCCCCUGGCUGGGAAGACUGCGGUGUGGGAGAGCCCUGGCCCACCACAGGGAGGUCUGCCCUGGGCCAGCGCCAGGGGAUGGCAGGAAGGGUAAGGCCUAGGUGAGCCCAGCUGUGGAGGGGCACUGCGGCCGUGGCGAUGGACCGCUCCCCACGAGCUGCUCCCCGGGGCACGCUGGAGAGCCCUACAAGCCUUGUGCCAAGUCCCUUCGUCCACUCAACCAGCCAUCCAACCAGCCGUCUUCUGGCCGUUGCCGACAAUCCUUGGCGUUCCUUGGCUCGUGGCUGCAUCCCUCCCAUCUCUGCCUCCAUUGCCACGUGACGUUCUCACUGCAUCUGUGUCCCGUUUCCUUGGUCUUAGGACACCAGUCAUUGGAUUUAGGGCCCAUCCUAAUCCAGUACGGCCCCAUCUUAACUUGGUGACAUCUACAAAGACCCUAUUUCCACAUACGGUCACACUCACAGAUGGCAGGGGUCAGGACCUCAACACAUCUUAUGGAGGAUGCAAGUCAAUCUACCAUUCCAUACAAGUCACAGUGACAGAGCACAGACUUUGGAGCCGGGCAGACUUUGGCUCAAAGCCUGGCAGAGCCACUGGCCUGUUCUAUUUCUUCAGCACAGCCAAGUGGGAAAAGAAGCCUGUCCUCAGGGCCUCCUAAGGGUCACCUGAGGGAGAAAAAGCACCGAUGGAGGAUCUGGGGAGUGGCAGAAACUCAGCCAAGAUGGCCCCCAGCUGGACAUGGGACUCAGAGGAGGGACCCAGGGUCCUGUUCUCCAGGAUCUCGUGGUCUGUGGGACAACAGGCACCCACUGAGGGUUAGGACUUACGACGGGGACGGCAGUAGUCAAGCUGCACAUGAGGAGUUAGGACAAGCAAGGACCAUGUGUCCUGUGGUGGGGGAGGGGGACUCAAGGCCCAGAGGCCCCAGCAAGGAUCAAGAAGGCCAGGGGUCAGACCACAAUAGGUCCUUCCCGUGGAACCCAGAGUCCACAGUGUACCCCAUGUGCCCCACCAUGACCCAUGGGCUCUGGGUCGGGCCCUGACAGGCAAAGGUGGAGAAUGGCUGGCUUUCCACUAGCAGGUGCUCUGGGGCUCACUGUCCCCUCUGGGCCUGGGAAGUGAUUGCUCAUUCCCCUCCCCCUCCCUUCCCCCAAGACAUGGCUUCUCCUCUUAUUGACGUUGGGUCUGGUAAGGACUUUGUUCUUGGCCAAACCCACUUUGAUAUUCUCUAUCUUCCUCCUUUCUCACCUUCCACCUUCCUUUCAUUUCUUCCAAUAUUUGGUAUCUACCAUAUGCCAUGAACAUAUACCAUAUGUUCUAGGCCCUGAAGAUAUACAGAAGAGAGUUGGGUCUUGCCCUGGUGGAAUUUAUAACCAGUGGGAAGAGAGACAUUAAUGAAGUAACCCUGCAGACGAAUGUUUCACAGCAGAGGAAUGAGUGCUCUGCAUGAGAGGUAGCAAGGUGUUGGGAAUCAGUAAUAGAGGGAUGCAACUAAAUCAGGGAAGGGAGGCAAGUGACCUUGAGCCAAGAGCUGAAGAAGUUGUGACUAGGAAAAAGGAGGGGGAAGAGAUUCCAUGCAGGAGCAUUAGCAUGUGCAAAGGUCCAGUAGCAGGAGGAUGCUUGCUGAGUGAGAAGGACUGAGAGAAGGUCUGUAUGGCCAGCGAAGGGAAUGUGAGAUGGGCUGAAAGUCAGUAGAUUAGACUGAUCAUUUGUUGAAAAAGUAUCAGUUGAGUGCCUCUACAAUGAGCCAGGAGCACCAGACAGACAAGACCACCGCCCACACAGAGCAGGCAGACCACAGACCAAGGAGAACCGUUCAGUGAGGGAGAAAUGAAGGGAGAAGUGAUCCGGAGUCACCUUGGGGAGAGGCAGGGGCUGGGAAGGCUCCUCUGAGCUGAGAGUGGAAGAGCAGAUCUGGCCACAGGCUUUAGAGCAGGACCAGCUUGGCGUGACUGAGGAAUGGCACGAAGGCCCGUGUGUACGGAGUGGAGCGAGCCGGGGGAGAAGAAUGCAAGCUGAGGGUGCAGGUGCUGGCAGGGCAGGUCUUCGAGGCUUGCGGGUAACCUACCAUGAUUGGGAGCCACUGCUGGUUUUUAUCAGAGGAGAGCCACACUCAGACUCCCCAGAAGAGCUGUGAGGCUGAACUCAGAGUCUCGUCCUCUCAGAGCCUCCUGGAGGAGGAGGACCCAGCGCCCCUAUCCCAGCAGCUACAGGCCACCUGUGCAAGCGGCAGGGAGCCCCUCCACCACCUCGACCUCCCCCCUGCAUCGCUGGUGGCUGUGGAGUACCUGCCUUUCUACCGCACCCAUGGGCAGCUCCUGGCAGAGGAUGAGUCAGCCCUGCAGCCCAGGGUGUGCAGGCCCCAAGCAGCAGACCCGAGCAUCGGAGAGGUGCCGCUCCCAGAGGACUCGGAGCCGAAUGGAGGGUUCUUUCCUCACUACCGCUCCAAGGAGGAGCAUUUUCCCAGCCUGGCCCUUCCUGGCAGGUCAUGUGGGGGCUCCCAAGACCCACCCACCAGGAGCGAGGCACAGGCUGGAUGCUUCUGCAGGACGACAGUCAGCUGCGGGUGCUCUGUUGCCCUGGCAGGCCCGGACCUUGCCUCUGGGUCCUCUCACUGUCCUGUCCACUGCCCACUCCUGCUGGUCUCGGCAGGAUGCUCCAGUGAUGGCGGCCUGGACGCCCCCCUCUCCAGUGACACUGCCUUCGGGGGCUGCGCCCUUUGUGCCCCAGGCUUCGUGCCGUACUACAGAAGCCCCGAGGAGGGGCUUCACACCAGCCCUGGGCCUCCCACCUCUCCGUCGGGGGGCCAGGAGCCACCCAGGCCCCGUGCAGCUACACUGUGAGGGAGCAGGAGCUGGCGGCGCGGGAGCCACUGGAGAACGGGCCAGCACCGGCGGAUCAGCCAAGGGGCAAGGCGGCUGGGGGCAAGGUUCCCAGGGCUCAGUCUGCCCCGGCCGCAGCCCUCAUGCCUUUAUUCCCCCUGCCACAGUGCCCAUGACCACUGCUGAAGGCGAGCCCACCUCCCUGCCCAGCAGGCUCUCCUGUCACUCCACUGAGCUGGGCAGGCGAGAAGACCCUGCGCCUGCGAGCGGGUGGCUCCACCCCGGUGUCCAGCUCAGCAGGCCUGGGUUGGCCUCUCUCCUGGAAGAACACAGGGGAGCAGCUCAGCCUGUGCCCUAUGUUCAGCCAUCCCCCGGCCAAGAAGGGACCCUGCUGCCCGGGGCUGCUCCCUUUUACCUCUCCCAGCUGCAAAACCCGCCCAAUGAGACGUGGAGGGCAGCAGCCCUAAAAGAGGCUCCAGCAAGGGGAUGUCUGCCUUGUCCAGCCCUCAGACCUUCCCACCCGCCCUGCUGUAGCCUGUCCCAAGCUCAGAGGGAGGGAGUAGGGUCCGCUAACAACUGAGGGAUGCAGAGACCAGAGACUGGUUGUGUAAAUAAAUCACUUCACUACAAUUGUUGGCAUUGGUGCACGAAUAUGAUGCUUGGAGUAAUACUUACAGCUUCCA